ACAUGUGGUGGCAGCCCAAGGAGUAGCCGGCCGCACUGCAGUUCCGUUGCCUGAAAGUCGGAGAGCCAACUGGUCGCGCCGGGCGAGACAUGAAGGAUAGCGAAGGAAUAUAUCUCUUGGACUUGGUGAAUUCCAACCAUUACCUCGAGUAUCCUGCAUUAUUCACCUGCAGAACCCUCUUUCUCACAUUUCCUCUCACCGCCGCUCCGAUCUUGACUAGCCAGGCUAGCCUUCCCCUUCGACACUUGCGCGAGGAUCGGUCCACAUAUACAGUCACGCUCGAUGUUGGGAGCAUGGUGCUUUAUAAUAGCAAGCGAGGCAGACGAUCGAGCAAGACUCAAUCUGUGUAUCUUGUGUUUGGAGACAAUGGUCCCUUUCGAUCUUCCAGAGUGGACGCGGCUGAGGAAGAGCACAGACGGAUGGAGAACUACGCAUGUCCCAACGAGCACAGACACGCAGUCGGACGCUUGCGGAUGCGGAUCGGUGGACAGCAGCAGACAUGCCACGGUACAAUGCUCGCGCGAGUGAGAUCCCAGCGUGUGGAGCACACUCUGCUUGUUGUGAGACUGAGUGCUGCUGGGCAAGUGGAUCAAGAUGGGGCCGAACGAGGAUACGCGCUAACGAAUUGGGGAGAAAGGGCAGAGGCAGAUCAGCAACACGGGGAGACCUAAGGACAGGCAAGCGAUGUCGCGAGGGUAGCCAAUAGGCGAGUUUCCGCUUGCGAACGUAAGGGGGGAGAGAGAGUAAAGUCGAGGAGCAAAGAUGGUACGCGUCCAGCGUUCUGAUAGCGAAAUGCACCUCUGAGGGAACGUCCGACUUCACCGUCUGCAGGUGCCUACACCAUCCACUUGCCGCCGCACCGCGCCGCCUACUCGAG